UUUUUUUGUGAGUUUAGUGCGUUGAAACUCAUUCAAGUACACAAGGUAUAUGACAAAAUCACGCCCUUGAAGCUCAAGUAAACCCGCUAACUUACAAGAUGGUUGCUGUAACUUCCCUGAGUUGAAUUCGAGGUACAAAAUUCGAGAAAUUCUUUCAUUUAAAAGAAAAACUUCUUACGUGUUAUAUUCUCUUUAAAAAGUCAUUCGACGCAUAAUUUAAUAAUCUUUUUAACGGUGCCUUGAAAAAGUUUAUCGCUCCAUUCCUGAGUGAGUAAUCACGUUUCAAAGGCAACAGUGAUUUUUAAUAGUACGCUCGCUGGUCGUACCAACAAUAUUCGACGGUGAAUGAACUACUUUCUGAUUAUUUAUCUACAUAAAUGUAAAACGGCUGGUAUAUAUAUGUUGGCGAGUGAAUCUCUGAAAAAUUGUACUCUGCUCUUUAGGAGAUUCUAAAACUGUCAGUUUUAUAUACAUGUAAAGAAAAUGAGGCCCCUUCUCGGUGCCCUUGUUCUAAUAUUCAUGCUUUUCUUUAAUGAAAUUGAAACAUCAGGUGAUCUACAUGUAGUGGAAAAUAGACAAAAAUCUACUUCUAAGGAAGAGGAUUUCGAAUCUGACAUGGAAGCUGGUAAAAUAGCUCGGCUUGCCACUCCUAAACGCCAGAAAGCAUGUCGUCAGAGUACUCCUGCUCAGUUUCAGCAUGUCACAGAUCCAACUGGGCUAAACGCUUACGAAUUGUUUUUACAACAUUAUAGCCAAAAUAAUUUACCUCCACCUGAAGCAGGGCAUGAAGCUCUCGAAUUGUAUGAACGACACACCAAGGGCUCACACCGUUAUAUUCAAAGGAAAUAUACCAGCAGACGUAAUCUUCAAAUUGCAUAUCAAGACGCUCGUAAACACUAUAAUCAACCCUUCUUACAACGACAUGUGGUUCAAAAUUCUCCUUCUAAAACUCUAGACGUCCAGCAACUUCCGUCACAAAGUAAUCCCUCAGGUUCAAAGUCGCAUAUGCAUAUGGGAAAUCAGUAUGCAAGUCAGCCUGGAGGUUCUGGAUCUGACCAUAAUUAUCCAAACACUAAUCACCAAAAGCCAUUAGAGGAUGUAGCAUACGAUUCAAAUAAACAAUACGAUAUCCAAUGUCUUCAGUCUCCACAUUAUGAGAAUCAUUUUGCAUCCGACAAUAAUCAUCCACACACUAAUCCCCCAAUGUCACCAAGGGAUGAUUUAUGCAAACAAUUUGAUAUCCAAUCUCCUCAGCAUCUAGAUUUCGAGGAACAUCGGUCGCAAAUUAAUCCCUCAGCUACAGUAGCGAUUGAUAAAUACCAUAUGUAUCUAAGCCGCAAGUAUGGGGGUGAGUCUGGAGGUUCUGAUUCGGGUUAACAAAAAUAAAACUUCUAACUUAAUAAGACAACUGUAUUGAAUAAAUAUGAUAUUGUACAUACAACACUAAUGUAAUGCAUGUACACUUAAUUGUGGGCAUAUUUUUCAAUUAUGGAAAAA